AUGUCGCGACAGAUGACCGAGACGGAGCCCCUCCUACCUCCUGACGUUUCCACAUCCUCCUCGUCUCGCACCGCCGACAAUCCAUCAUUCCCGCCCUCAAUGGCUGCUAUCUUAGACAAGAUCGAAAAGGAAGUCAACGAACUUGAUAAUGAGAGCAUUACCGAACGUUCACAAGUAUUAGAUGAAGGACUUAGUGACGAUGCCACGCUUUACGACAAGAAAUGUUUACUUGUGGACAGGCAAAUAGACGCGUUUGGCAUGGGUCGUUUUCAAUGGAUGAUAUGGUCGCUCUGCGGCCUCGGAUAUCUCAUUGACUUGAUGUGGGCGCAGGCUUUCGGUCUGGUCUUGUCCCCUCUUCAACAGGAGCUGGGUUUUGGCAACAAUGAGACGGGCAAGCUCUCUACUGCCUUCUCGAUAGGACUUACAGCUGGAGCGUUCGUCUGGGGUAUCCUCGUCGAUGUUAUUGGCAGACGGUGGGCCUUCAAUCUUACGGUUCUCAUCGCCUGUACAUUCGGACUGUGUCUAGGUACGCCAGAUGAUUACAACACCAUCCUGGUUCUCACCGCUCUAACCGGCUUCGGUGUUGGCGGUAACAUUCCUAUUGACACCACUAUUACCCUCGAAUUUACUCCUGAAAGCAAGCGAUAUCUCCUCCCGCUUCUCUCCAUUUUCCAGCCUCUGGGGGUGGUUAUUUGCAGUAUUAUGGCCUACGGUUUUAUACCUGUCCACAGCUGUUCGCCGAACUUCUCGGAAGCAGGACCGUUGCCUUCUUGCAAGAGCGUUGAUAUUGACGUGCCAUGCUGCAAAAAAGGUGACAAUGUGGGCUGGAGGUAUCUGCUAUACACACUAGGAGCACUCACUCUGCUGGUCUUCGUUCUACGAUCCGUCGUAUUUCGCUUCCAAGAGUCCCCGAAGUUCUUACUGUAUCGCGGUAGAGAUGCCCAGGCAGUUGAGGUACUGGAGAAUAUCGCACUGUACAACAAGACAACUUGCAGUCUGACACUCGAGCAACUUCAAGCCGUAGAACGAGAGCACAACUCUACAACCAUCGGCGGCAACUCGAAGGAAAAGAACGACACCUGGAGAGGAAGGAUCAAGCUUGAGCUCGCACGAUUCCAAAUCCUCUUUUCGUCACCCCAGAUGAUCCGCCUUACUAUCCUCGUCUGGUUGACCUACAUCUGCGACUUUACCGGCUUCACAGUCGCAGGCUCCUACCUCCCACGCAUCAUAGCGCUCAAGAACGGCGCCCUCAAUCUCUCCCUCGACUACACGUACCGCUCCUACAUACUCAUCUACCUUCCUGGUACCAUUGGCGUCCUCCUCGGCUCUAUGCUCUACCGCACACCUAAUGUUGGCCGCAAAUACACCAUGGUCGUUUCUUCCCUUCUGAUGUCCGUCAGCAUCUUUGUGUUCAGCGCCGUCAACAGUCCCGCGUCAAAUAUCGGCCUGAACGCCAUGGAGUAUUUCUUCCAGUCCAUGUUCAACGCCGUGCUGUACGGGUGGACGCCCGAAGCUUUUCCGGCGCAAAUCAGAGGCACAGCGUGCGGCAUCGCGAGUUUCUGGGGACGAUUGUUCGGUAUCGUGAGUCCUCUUAUUGCGCAGCACUUGUACGCGAGAAGCAGGGAUGACAAGGGGGAUGUGAACAGCGUGUUGUACCUUGCGGGUGGAGUGACGCUUGGAUGCGUGGUCACGACUGCAUUGUUGCCAGGGAAGAUACUGAAGAAGUAG